AUGUCCGAUUUCCCGCCGAACUUGUCCAUUCGUCCUUUGACGGUGGAGGACCUCGAUAAAUGUGUUCUGCUCGAGAACAAGGGCUUUCCCGAAGAUGAGAGAGCUGACAGAGAAAAGUUGCAAUACAGACUAAUUGCUUGCCCUGAACUAUGUUCCGGCUUGUUUAUCAGGGAGUAUGGUGUCAAGUACAAUGCCAUCAACUUGCCUGAAGUUGCAGAGAAAUUGAACGCUGAGAAUGCUUCCAAGAAGGAUUCUGACGAUAAGGUUGAAGCCAACAACAAGGCUCUGAAAGACCUGGACCAGGAGAACGAUGAGGAGGACUACCAGAGCUUGCCUGUUAAGCUGUCUGUGGUUAAGGAGGUGUUGAUUGGUCACAUUACCGCUACCAAGACCCCCACCGAGAAGUUGACCGAGGGAGCCAUGGAAUUGCCAAGCGAAGAGGACAAGGACGCUGGCCAUGUCGAAUACGCUCGUAACGUUGCCAUUCACGGCUUGGUGAUUGACCCAGAGUGGAGAGGUAAGAACUUGGGUACUUUGUUGAUGCAUGACUAUAUCCAGAAGUUGUCCAACCAGGACUUGGGCAGCAAGGUUAUUAUUGUGGCACACAAGGAGUUGAUCCCAUUCUACGAGAAGAUUGGUUUUGAGUACCACGGUGCUAGCGACAUUAAGCACGGCAGCGAGACGUGGUACGACUUGUCUAUUGACUUGGUCCCACAGGAGGAGGAGUAA